AUGCCCCCAACUCCAUCGUCGUCAUCGCGGUCUUCAGUGUCAAUGUUGGUGGGAAUCAAAAUCUCGAUAGCCAAUUGUCCAGCGGACACGGAUCAUAGGCGGCAGCGUGACUGCAACAUUGAGGGUGUGCAGGUAUGCCGUCACGUCAGACAGCACUGUCGUCGUCUUCUCCCAGGAAAAAGAUCUAUCUCCCAAACCCAAAAUGAUGUCCUCCACAACAAUCCCGCGUCCCCACCGCCGACCAUUAACGACACUCCUUUUCUCGGCGGUGCCACCCUCUUCCUGCACCGCGCCAGCAGCCGCAGCCGUGCGAUGCGCGAGUCUUCUAUCCACGUUCGCAAGCACUAUGGUUUGUGA